UCCACAACAUAUCAGCCGCCUGCUGCGUGUUGCCAAUGGAAACAGACUCCAAACAACAAACACGGGAAAUCCCUCUGAAAGGCCAAAACUGAAGCCAUGAGUUCACCUCUGUCCAUGCUGAAGAAAACAAGGCGCACCCCGCUGCAGGGCUCUCAGGAUGAGCAGUGGGGCAGAAAGAAAGUACCUUUCAGGAGGAAUCUGGUAACAGAAUUUCAAGCAGCGUUGGUUGAUAAUGAUGACUCCUCUGAUCCAAAUCCUCCUCUGACCUCUCACACUCAGCCCAGUGAUGCUGCCUCCACCUCAAAGUCAAAAGUCUCAGCAAAGAAAGGUGCCCCAGUGAGCGACUUCGAGCUUAUGUCUGCCAUGAUGAAGCGUCUGACCCUGCUGGAGAAAAAAGUGAGGAGCCAAGAGCAGGAGAUCGAGCGUAAGAACAAACGGAUUUCAGUCUUGGAGGAGAAACUGAGGGCUCUGAAAGAAUCAGGGGGCACCCAUGAUGUGAGCUGCAGAGAUGAUCUUCAAAGAAGGUGCCAGCAACUGCAAAAUCAAGUGUAUGAAAUGGAGAGCUUUUUAAAUGACUACGGUUUGAUCUGGGUGGGAGACGGAGAGGCCAGUGACGCAGCUGAGUGUGAGCAGCCAGGCACCUCUGGGGUCAGGACCUUCCACAUGAAUUUUGACCUCGUCCAGCAGAGGAUCAAGGAGCUGAACAUCCUUGCAGGGGAGGGAGAGUUUUUCGUACAGUCGACAGCUACGGGUGCACAGCUGGCCAAAAAGGAUCCGGUCCAACUAAAGCUUUACAGAAACGGUAUCGUCAUGUUUGAUGGUCCUUUUCGCUCUUAUGAGGAGCUCAGCACCCAGCGGUGCAUGCAGGAUCUGAUGGACGGGUAUUUUCCGUCUGAGCUGCAAGAAAGAUUUCCAGAUGGUGUCCCUUUUGAGGUUCAUGACAAGCGAGAUGAGGAAUUUAUCUUCAGGCUGCCGUGGGAUCGUUUUCCUGGUGAAGGGAAAGCUGUCAGCUCUCAAUUACCUGGUAAGUUAAGCAUGGUGGUGAAGCCCAGUCGAGUGAUUGAUAUCAGGGUAUCAGUGAGGACGACCAUGCAGAAUCCAUCUGAUGCUCGGAGCAGCAACUCAGUGAUCCUCGUAGACACACCAGCACUGCAGGAAAUGAAGGAGAGGCUGCACACGUUCACCUCUGACCGGCCUACGUCUGCCCGUGAUGUCAUCACGCUCAAGGUGAGGUCAGAAGACGGGAAUCAUACUUACGUAUUGAAAAUGUGCUUCUCGGAAACAAUCGGCCACCUGCGGAAAUAUCUGGACAAACACAGAGGAGGUGGUCUCCCUGACUAUGACAUCAUCAGUGCGUAUCCAAAGUGCCACUACGAUGACGACAGCCAGACGCUCCAGUCGUGUGGACUCACGACUGAUGCUACUUUGCUUCUGCGAAAAAAGGCAACAUUCAAUGUCUCUAAAUAAAUAAAUCUGUAAAAAAAAAAAAAAAAAAUACUGUUUGACCUGUGAGGCAUUUUGUUCAAUCGACAUCUUCAUGCUGAGUUGAAUUUGGAAACAAAUUAAAACAAAAGAAAAUGUUGAAAA